AUGGACAAAAUCACAGGGAAGUGGCAAGACUACCUUAAUGAACGAUUUCCCCAGGGUAAAGGAGGGAAGUCAACUAUUUUCAAAUGCCCUGAAUGCAGCGCCGAGUUCGAAGAUGCCGAGGCCUGGCGACAGCACAUCGCAUCACACCCCCAGCAUCAACAAAGCCAGUCAGCGAAGAAGGUUAAUGCCUUCAACCAGUCCGCUCAAGCGUUGAUCGAGACCGAUGCGGAUCGAGAUAACCGCAAGGGCCAUGUGGGCGAAACCUCCGUGCCUAACAACAUCGCCAAGUCUGACGACACUCGCGGAGCUAAGCACCAGUCUCCUCCACCGAUCACAAGCUCUCAUGCGCUAGCGAGUCCCUCAAACAACCGAAGUCAAGCUCACAACGACUCUGACCAAGAGAGGCCUCAUCAAAACACGUCCAAACGGCGACUCCGGACGCCAGAUGAUGACCCACGCUCCAAGACCCCUUCAAAUGAGGCUCAAGAUACAUCCAGACAAACCCAAGGGACGACUGCAGCGCACCAGAGUUCGCCUCAGCCUAGACCAGACGAGGACAAUACAUCCGUCAUGAUCCCCCAGCCAGAGACAAGGCCCAUUUCUCAAGAUCAAUUAGUCGCGGAAGUCAAAGGUAUAUACGCCGGCCUUGUUAUGGUUGAAACAAAAUGCAUAGAGGUCGACAAUGCACAAUCCUCCAACACCAAGUCUAAACUCAACAACGACCAGUGGCAAGCCCUGAUCGCUCUGCACAGAACUUUGUUGCAUGAGCAUCACGACUUCUUCCUUGCCAGCCAGCACCCAUCCGCUAGCCCUGCACUGCGACGACUGGCAUCCAAAUACGCUAUGCCUGCCCGUAUGUGGCGCCACGGCAUCCAUUCGUUUCUCGAACUCCUGAGAUGUAGGCUGCCCGCGUCUUUGGAGCACAUGCUUUCGUUUUUGUAUCUGGCAUACAGCAUUGUCGCUCUCCUAUACGAGACUGUGCCUGCCUUUGAGGAUACUUGGAUUGAGUGCUUGGGAGAUUUGGGUCGAUACAGAAUGGCCAUCGAGGACAACUGUAUCCGGGACCGUGAGACCUGGACUGGCGUGAGUCGCCAUUGGUACAGCAAGGCUUCUGACAAGUCUCCUACAACCGGACGGCUCUAUCACCACCUUGCUAUUCUUGCCAGGCCCAAUGCCUUGCAGCAGCUUUCAUACUAUACAAAGUCGCUCUGUGUCUUGAUCCCCUUUCCGAGCGCCCGGGAGAGCAUCAUGACCUUAUUUGACCCAGUGUUGAGCAAGAACCCGAACCGCCUGGCGCCAAUCGAUGCAGCAUUUGUGAGGACUCAUGGCAUUCUGUUCUCCGGCAAGUCCAAGGAGAGACUGCCAGAGUCGAUGGACGAGUUCGUUGGGCAGCUGGAUAGCUAUAUUGGACGCGUGACCAAGAGAUGGCUGGAAGCAGGAUACUAUAUCGGUAUUUCAAUGGGUUGCUCUCUUCUUGGCUAUGGUGCCGAGUCUAACGUGCUUAUGCGGGCUAUGUCACAAAAGCCUGAAGAUAACGACGUUGCCAUGGACGGAAGCUCUAUCGUGGAGGCCAAUCCGGAUGAGCCGUUCAAGCAGGCCCUUGACUUCGCGGUCCGAAUUAUCGAGACGGUGAUGCGACGAUGGGGUGACACCAACACGCUCCCAUUCCUGCACACCGUGCUGGUAUUCAUGAACCAUAUGACACGAUUCCCAGGGGCCAUUUCUUACCUUGAAGGAGCAUUCCCAUGGAAGCUGACAGCCUUGAUGCUCAACUCCCUUCUGGUAUCAUGCGAGGCCGGCUACGAAGUGCACUCCGAUUUCCGACGUCCUGAAAGGGAGUUGCCGCGGCCUCUACCCGAGGACUUUGCCAUGCGUGGGUUGAUCUACUCAGAGGAUUACUUCCCCAGCGAUUGGUUCAAGAAUAAUAAAAUUGACGAGGAUGAGAAGUAUUUUGAGCUGGGGUCGAUGGUGGAGGAGCGAAAGGACCGCAUCUUGACUCUGGGGUGCAAGAUUGCCGCUUCAGGAUCCUGGCUCAUUUGGAAGCCAGAGACACGCCAAUUCUCGGUGCCGGCCAAGUACGAUGUGGAGCUAGAGGAUAUCCUAGUUUGA